CCUUCUCUCAGCAAAGUAGCGUCUUUUCUAUUGCAACGCGCGUGCGCGAACACGGCAAUUCCCUUUCCCUCCCACUUCAGUUUCUAGCUGACGUCUCCGCUACUCGCGUUAGCUGUCAUCUCCCCUUCCCUUAUUCGCCGUACAAGACAAGCUUGGGCAUAGAGAGAAAGAGGGGGGGAUUCAAAUGGCUCAUGGACAUCUCCUUGCGCGCCUGAUUUCAGGCGCCUUAUCGGCGUUAGCGUCUUCUUGCGCGCAGGCGCUGCCGCGCGUGCGUCAUAGCACGAGCGCCCUCCGCCUCUCAGCUUUUCUGUGGCGCGGGACUAAGGGGAGGAGAGAAAGUUGGGGCGCACAUGCGCAGUGGAGGCCCUUCCAUCGGUGGCCGCCUAAGGAGGGAGGGUGGCAGCAGCAGCAGCAGCAGCAGCAGGACGAGGACCUGCAGCAGGUCAGCACUCGCUCGCGGGAGGCCCUUUUCAUUUCUCUCUCUCGGUCGGGCCAGGCGCGGCGCGCGCGGCCUCCUCCCCUCUCUUCUCCUUUCCGUAUCCGCCUUCUGUCAGUGGGGGGUCGCCGCCUCCCCCUCAGUGCGCGCUCGCGCUGGGCCUCCCCCUUCGCCUCAGCAGCCGCCGCCUCCUCCCCUACCACCACCUCCUUCUCAACCACCACCACCUCUUCCCGUCUCGUUGCUGCGAUGCCGGAGAAGCGGCCCUUUGAGCGACUCCCGGCCGAGGUGCGCCCCAUCAAUUAUGGGCUCUGUCUCAAGCCCGACCUUAUCGACUUCACCUUCGAGGGAAAGCUCGAGGCCGCCGUGGAGGUGAAACAGGCGACCAAUCAGAUUGUGAUGAAUUGUGCUGACAUCGACAUCAUUACAGCUUCCUAUGCACCAGAGGGGGAUGAAGAAAUCCAUGCGACAGGAUUCAACUACCAGAAUGAAGAUGAGAAAGUGACUCUCUCUUUUCCCAGCACACUUCAAAAAGGGAUGGGGACAUUAAAAAUAGAUUUUGUUGGAGAGCUGAAUGAUAAAAUGAAAGGCUUCUAUCGAAGUAAAUAUACCACCCCUUCUGGAGAUACUCGCUUUGCUGCUGUUACCCAGUUUGAGGCUACUGAUGCUCGUAGGGCCUUUCCUUGCUGGGAUGAGCCAGCCAUCAAGGGAACGUUUGAUAUCUCAUUGGUGGUUCCUAAAGAUCGGGUAGCUUUGUCAAAUAUGAAUGUCACUGAUCGGAGGCCCUACCCUGAUGAUGAAAAUCUGGUGGAAGUGAAGUUUGCCAGAACUCCUGUGAUGUCAACGUAUCUUGUUGCUUUUGUGGUUGGAGAAUAUGACUUCGUUGAGACCAGGUCCACUGAUGGCGUGUUAGUCCGUGUUUACACUCCUGUUGGCAAAGCAGAACAAGGAAAGUUUGCAUUAGAGGUUGCUGCUAAAACACUGCCUUUUUAUAAGGACUACUUCAAUGUUCCUUACCCUCUUCCUAAAAUUGAUCUCAUAGCUAUUGCAGACUUUGCAGCUGGUGCCAUGGAGAACUGGGGCCUUGUUACUUAUAGGGAAACUGCACUGCUGAUUGAUCCCAAAAAUUCCUGUUCCUCCUCACGCCAGUGGGUGGCACUCGUUGUGGGCCAUGAGCUUGCUCACCAGUGGUUUGGAAACCUUGUGACUAUGGAAUGGUGGACCCAUCUAUGGCUCAAUGAGGGCUUUGCAUCCUGGAUUGAGUACCUCUGUGUGGACCAUUGCUUUCCAGAAUAUGAUAUCUGGACCCAGUUUGUUUCUGCUGAUUACACACGAGCACAGGAGCUUGAUGCCUUAGACAACAGUCAUCCUAUUGAAGUCAGUGUUGGCCAUCCAUCUGAAGUAGAUGAAAUAUUUGAUGCAAUUUCUUACAGCAAGGGUGCAUCAGUAAUUCGAAUGCUACAUGACUACAUUGGGGAUGAGGACUUCCGGAAAGGAAUGCACCUCUAUCUCACGAAGUUCCAACAUAAGAAUGCAGCUACAGAGGACCUUUGGGAAAGUCUGGAAUAUGCUAGCGGUAAACCUAUUGCUGCUGUGAUGAAUACAUGGACCAAGCAAAUGGGGUUUCCACUUGUUUAUGUGGAGGCAGAACAGCAAGAAGAUGACAAAGUAUUGAAGCUAGUCCAGAAGAAAUUCUGUGCCAGCGGACCAUAUAGUGGGGAGGAUUACCCUCUGUGGAUGAUUCCCAUCAGCAUCUGUACAAGUGAAGACCCAACCCAUGCUAAAAUGCAAGUGUUGAUGGACAAACCUGAAUUGACCCUGGUUUUGAAAGAUGUUAAACCAGAGCAGUGGGUGAAGCUAAACCUGGGAACGGUAGGGUUUUACCGUACACAGUACAGUUCUGACAUGCUGGAGAGCUUGCUCCCGGCGAUCCGCGACCUCUCCUUACCCCCUGUGGACAGGCUGGGUCUGCAGAAUGAUCUUUUUUCUUUGGCCCGAGCUGGAAUUAUUAGCACUGUAGAGGUUCUAAAAGUCAUGGAAGCAUUUGUGAAUGAGCCCAACUAUACCGUGUGGAGCGACCUGAGCUGUAACCUGGGGAUUCUCUCGACUCUCUUGUCCCACACAGACUUCUAUGAGGAGAUCCAGGCAUUCGUCCGUGAUAUAUUUUCGCCCAUAGGAGAGAAGCUGGGCUGGGACGCCAAACCUGGCGAGGGCCAUCUAGAUGCACUUCUGAGGGGUUUAGUUCUAGGCAAAUUAGGAAAAGCUGGUCAUAAGGCAACAUUGGAAGAAGCUCGGCGCCGGUUUAAAGACCAUGUGGAAGGGAAGCACAUCCUCUCCGCUGAUCUGAGAAGUCCUGUGUAUGUUACUGUUUUGAAGCACGGUGACAGUACUACUUUAGACACUAUGCUAAAGCUCCACAAGCAAGCUGAUAUGCAGGAAGAGAAGAACCGAAUAGAACGUGUACUUGGCGCAAUAUCUCAGCCUGAGUUAAUACAGAAAGUUCUCACUUUUGCACUUUCAGAAGAGGUACGUCCCCAGGACACAGUAUCUGUCAUUGGUGGAGUGGCUGGAGGCAGCAAGCAUGGCAGAAAAGCUGCCUGGAAGUUUGUCAGGGACAACUGGGAAGAGCUCUACAAUCGCUACCAGGGAGGCUUCUUAAUAUCCAGGCUAAUAAAGCUAUCGGUGGAUGGAUUUGCAAUUGACAAAAUGGCUGCAGAGGUUAAGGCUUUCUUUGAGAGUCACCCAGCUCCAUCAGCUGAGCGCACCAUCCAGCAGUGCUGUGAAAACAUUCUGUUGAAUGCUGCAUGGCUGAAGCGUGAUGCUGAAAGUGUCCACCAGUACCUGCUGCAGCGCAAAGCCUCACCAACUGCUGUGUGAGUACACCCUCACCCACCUCUGAUAUCCCAACUGCUGUGGCCCAACUGCCUCGGUGCGAGGAGGAGGAGCUGCUACCUGACAGCUGAAUCAUACGCCAAGGAAAUUGGAGUCUUUUCUGAAACCAAUGGGGAUUGGACAAUGAAUGUAGUUAACUGGGUCCUGCUCACACUCCAGAACUAAAUUCUAUUAAAAAUUUAUCAGCAAUUCAGCAAAAACAACAUCCUGUAAAUAUAAUAGUAAUAAAAUAGAGCAUAACAAAACUGUGAAA